AUGGCUGCAGGGAACAGUCCCAUGCUCAGAACAGACCCAGCCAUUGAGCGCUGGGUCUCAAUGCGUGAAAAUGUCUAUCAACACUUUAGGUUCACCCCAGUCAAGACCCGUCAGGUCGUCGGUCUCAUGGUUAUUGUCCCCGCAUUUUGUGGCCUUCUCGCGUAUGCAACAGACAACAAGUUUGAUUGGGCGGGGAAAAAGAAGAACGAUUCGCUACUGCGGACACCUGCAUCCUCACAAGACUGA